CCUCCAAUGUUAGAACACUGUAUGAUCUUGACAUUUUUCGCGGAAUUAGGUGUAAAAUGGCGUAACUCGAGCUAACCUUGACGUUAUUUCGUGACUUAUUAGAGGGUGUCUAUCCUGUAAGGAUUAGAAGCGCCAUGCGACGUGUCGUAUGCAUCGAAAUAUGUAUAGGAAACUAGCAGCGGCAGUCAGUACGUACGAAACGUUCGACGGCGCAAGUUGGAACGCGGUGGGAGAGCACGGUGAUCUACGUGGGGGUUGAAAGGUGGUGGGGGAUCAGUCGGUAGGAGCGGUUUUAACGCGAAGAAGCAAGGGUCCAAGCGCGUAUAUACCGGUACUAAUCGCACGUUUGGGCAAACACGCGUUUCGAGCUGUUACGAACGUUACAUUCACUGGUCGUACCUCCCAACGUGUCUCGUUCGCCGCGAUGAUUCCGUCUAAUUUGCGAGUGUGCCGCCAGAGCACGCGACCGGCCGAAUGGCUUACGUAAGUUGCGCGGUAACGUCGAUUGCUCCCGAGUUGUAAAUCGCACGGGCUUCUUUUUUAACCGCACCGUGAGUACACCAACAGAUACGACAAGGUGACGACGACUUUUUCGCAUCCGGAGUUCCCGCGAGUAUAUCACCCCGUGACGGAGCUCGACACUCUGUCGUUUCUUUCUACGAAAACGUAACAGGAGUAGCCGGCUCUUGGUUAUUCAGGCUCGACGGAUACUCGGGACGGCGUUGUUUCUCCCGUUUUAAGCCGAUUCUACGACAUAGUGCGGCGUUAAAAAUCGAACGUCGAGCCGUUUGAAUAUUCGCACGUACAAAGGGGAACGAAUUUCGAAGGAUAAAGUGUGUCGUGCACGAAAUACGAACUCUGUGACCCAGAAACGACUCGAAGCGGUAACUUUGUCGUCAGUGUAGACAAAAUCUGCCGACGGUGCCAAGAAAAAAACGUACAGGGGACCGAGGAAUGCGAGCAUUGUUUUUUCAGCGUGCUAUGCGUGAACUAGGAAGACCUUUGGGUUCGGAAACCCUCCGUCGUGUCGAGAUCUCGACGAUGGCAAUUACGAAAUUCGCGCCACGAAUUCGAACGAACGCCUUCUUCCUUUGAACCGUCUACGAAAGUCACGUUUCGAUCACGGAUUACACCUGGAUACGGAAUUUCUGAUAUUCGUUGGGCAAGUUUGACGGUGACGGAUCGAGAAGACAAUUAUCGACGAUACUUAACCUAACCCUUUGACUACGAAGACGCGCGCUGUGCGCGGGAGGCUUUCACGCGUGUUAAGUACACGUACACAUCGAACGCUCGAAGGCACUUGCGACGGUUGGAAACUGACAACUCCAGCGUCGAUUCAAAAAGUAAGAAUGAAUAAUAAACUUUAUUUCGGUGCGAGAAGAAACAUCGAAUCGGGGUUGAAUGUUAAGAAUAAUUGUGUCCGAAGUGGUUAAUUACGAUAAUACGAAACGAAAGAGGCGAGAGUGAAACGCAGCGGUGGUCCCUAUUGGCGACAACGCUCGGUGACCGUAGAAAGUAUUUGAUGGAGUUUCGCAUCUACAACUCGUUCGACUCGUGGCCGAAGACACGACAACGUUCGAGCGUCCCGUCUAUAAAGCGUGUAGUCGAGGACCGCCGUGGAGUUGACGCACUGUCCGCGAUCGUUGCGUGAUAUCUCGUGUUUUUUGGAACACGCGGUCGGAGUGUAUUCUCGGUCGCGUCUCGUGCUCGGAAUUCACGGCGAUUUUUCACGGGGCCUACAUUGAAUCGAGCGUGCGUCGUAAGUGCUUGUGAAGGUAAAAACAAAGUGUGGUGGGUUGAUCACGCGGUGAAGAUGGAGGAUACAGGGGCGAAAAUCACGCCGGGAGCCAGCGUGUCCGUGUUGGUGCUGGCGAGCACGCUGUUUCUCGCCGGGGUCAUCCUCGUAAUCGGUUACAUCGUUAGCCGGUUGUCACGUUCCAACAGAUCUGCGGAUUCGAUGAAAAAUGCCACAGAAUCGGAAAAAGUGAAAUUCGAGGACUCGAGGGACACGACGUGCGGUUCGUCUGGGACUGGAACCGGAGGCGGCGUGAGCAGCAACAAACGCGCCAAGAACAAGAAGAGACGCGAAGCGCAGCAGGAGUUCACGCAUUCCUGGAUGGUGGGUGCGUUGAAGGGUCACACUGCGCCCGUCCUCGACAUGAAUUUCUCCAGCAACGGCAAGUUCCUCGCAAGCUGUGCCGAAGAUUGCGGCCUGCGGCCGGAAGAGGAGGUCCUGGACCCUGGGGAGACCGAUCGGUACGGGUGCAAGGUGAACCGCGAGCCACCGCCGUCGAAGACGCCUGGGAGCAAGAACAAGUCGCCGUCAGCGGCGUCGUCGACGUCUAACGCCGGGACCGGGACGACGUCCGCGGCAUCGACGGCGCCGUCGACGAAGGAGGAUCGCGCCAUCCUGAGUAGGAGACAACGGAAGAACCGCACCAGGGGACCGCGGGACCAGCGUCGCGAGUUGCGCGACGACGAGCACGAGGACGAGCAACCCGCGCAACAGCAACAACGGCAUCGUCGACACCACCUCUGUCGGCCGCAGCACUAUCAGAACAGUUCCGCGAGAAGUUCGGACCCCAACGGAAUACCAGCCGGGACUGGACGGAACGCGUCCAGGAGGAAUCAUCAGUCGCAGAACGAUUCCCACCGCGAGGAGAGCAAGAACAACAGCGUAAACGGCAGCGGAGCGAACAACAGCUCCAGAAAAUCCCGCGUUAUAUGCCUCAGCAGCCAGAGGAAGGAACUCCACCAUCUCAGCGACGCGGCGCUGGCAUCCCUGCUCCGCAGAUAUACUUUGACCGGGGAGCAACUGGCUCACCUGGGUUACCCUGUGGAGUGCAGCUACUUUCCAGGUUACGCGGUCAUCAUCAACCACCAUCAGCAUCCCAUGGGCCACAGAGCGAGGGGAUAUCAUCAUCUGGAUGCUAACGCGCGGGAAUUCGUCCCUGGUAGCGGAAGCAGCUCCUGGACGAUGGUGGAGAGCGAGGCUGACAGCGGGAACUGCAGCGGGAGCUCUCUGGACAGCUCGGACCUCGAGCAGGAGAGCUCGUCGGACAGCGAUAAGAGCUCCGAUAUAGGUGAGUCGUCCUCGCCGUCUUCGUCCUCGUCUUCGAGUUACGAGGAGAAAUCCAGAAGAGACUCGACGCCUGACCCGUACGAGCUAGUGGUGGUCGCGAGAAGGUGCGCCAGGUGCUUCAAGAGCUUCUACGUGAACCGCGAAGACGGCGAGUACGUGCACGAAGAGAGGUGCGUCUACCAUUGGGGCAAAUUGCGUAGCGGGCUGGUGGAUGGCUCGCACGGAGACACGUGGGAGUGCUGCAGGAGCCGAGAGACAGCCGGAGGCUGCACCACUGCCAGAAUGCACGUGUGGACUGGCCUGGCGCCAGGGUACAACGGCCCGUUCGAGGGCUACGUUCGCACCAGACCCGCCAGAACCGUCCCGAAGGACGGCAACUACGGUGUGUACGCGCUGGACUGCGAAAUGUGCUUCACGAGACGAGGGCUGGAGCUCGCCAAGGUCACGGUGGUCGGCAUGGACGGGAAAGUGGUCUACGACACCCUGGUGAAACCCGACGCGGAGGUGAUCGACCACAACACCAGAUUCAGCGGCAUCACCGCGAAGGAUCUGUCCAGGGCGACGAAGAUGCUCAUGGACGUGCAGAAGGACCUGACCAGCUUCGUUCACGCCGAGACCAUACUCAUAGGCCACGGGUUGGAGAACGAUCUCAGGGCGCUUAGGAUACUCCACACGACGGUGAUCGACACGUGCGUCGCGUUUCCUCACUUCCUCGGCUAUCCUUUCCGUAGCAGUCUGAAGACCCUGGCGAGAACCGUGCUGCGAAAAGAGAUCCAAGUAACGGAGCACGACUCCGUGGAGGACGCCAGGAUCGCGGUGGAUCUUAUGCUACGUAGGCUGCAGCACGACCUCUCGUAGGGUCGUCUGCCGGAGGAUCACGGCGGACAGAACGAAGAAGGUACCGCUUGGGUAAACAGGAGGCGACCGCAGUGAACGAACUGUCGGAGAUCUCGAGACGAAAUUGUUGAAAACUGUGCGCGGAUGGAAUCUCUGUAAGGGUUCUGGGACGCUGAAACGCGCUAGCGUCGCUUUCGUCGAGCCUGCGAUCAACGCGCGGUGUCGCGAGGUCUUUCUUCUCUCUCUCUCUCUCUCUCUCUCUCUCUCUCUCUCUCUCUCUCUCUCCGUUUCGUCGUCGACGGAAAGGCGCUAACGAGAGUAGAUCUCCUGGGAUGGGCCACGCUGAUCCGCGCGCAACUCCUCCCGUCAGUGUUCAGUUCCAAGUGAAGUCUGUGAUACGUUACAUAUACAGAAAGAAAACUACACGUAGCAUCCGCGCUCCCUGUGCGUGCACGCGUCGUCCUGACGCCAGGGAUGCACGCUCGUUACUCGCACAGAUGGACUUUAGACACACAUUACACAAUUCAUGCGUCCGGUAUGCGGUUAUGAAUUUGGUCUACAUGGCGCGCCGUUGCCGAGGAAAAGGUUUGGCUCGAUUCCGUAUGUAUGCUCGAAUAUCUUCUCUCGAAAAAUUACGCUAGGGCGUGGCCGCAAAAUAUGGUAGAUCCCGCCCAAGAGGCGCCAGUUAGGGUCAGUAUCAGGUCAUUUCGUACAGCACCGGAUAACGAUACAAAAUGGAAUUAAUUUGACCAUAGAUAGAUACGAAACGCAUAGAAAAUACGCGACCGAGUAACUCGAUGACUUCCUGUGGUAUGGUUUAGGUGGCCAAGCACACGGGAUGGUCGUUCAUCCUGAAUCAGUAAAUCACCGAAUACAAAAUGAUCUCAGUAAGUUGUUCCGAUACAGGGGUUAAUGUAUUAUAGACGCUAAAAAUGAAAUAUAGGAUUUCUGUAUUCGAAUCAGGUGUAUCCGUCCGCGAGACGUUUUCCUCGACAAGCGCGAUGCUGUGUAUGCUACGCUCGUGUUACUGUCAUCCACGUCUCACACUUUCAUGGAUCAUACAUUUGUACCUGUGUAUAUAUACGUAUAUAUAUAUAUACAUGUGUAUAUACGUAUAGAACAUAUAUGUGUAUAUAUAUUUACACGUGUAAAUAUAAAUAAAUAAGUAUGUUUAUUUAUUUAUAUAUAUAUAUGUAAAUAUACAUAUGUACACGUGUGUAUACAUUUAUAUAAAUAUGUACGUACGCGCCCCUAUACCUUACGACCUCUCUCAUGCAUAUUUCAUCCCGCGUUGUUUUUUCGUACACGUACAGCGAGAGGAGGACACGCGGCGUCAUUGAUCCUGGUAAGUGUCUCGGUCUUCCACGAUGACGGUUUGCAUUUAAAUUCUCCUCGAAAACGACGUCUAGAAAAUUCGCUGUCAAACGAGGACACACGGAUCGAGAAAUUGUUCGGAAUAUAAUGCGUUUGUUCUUCUUCUUUUUUUUUUUUCUGUCUUUUUUAUCGUUCCUUUUCGUUUUUGGACGAGACGGGUAAAAUCCCCGUCUAAAUGAAUAUUUAGCGCAACGAGCAAACGAUGUAUAACCAGUUGUAUAUUAGUAGAUUGUAUACUAGUGAACAUUGAAAUGUGUUUUCUUUUUUUUUGUAUUAUAUCAUUGACUUUUCAAAACAGUCGACGAACAUAUUUUUUUUUAGGUCUCCAACGGAAAUGCAAUUUUUUUUUCAGCGAUUUUUAUUGUUACUUUCUUCGAGUACGCACAAGCGAAAUCAGUUUUUAUUUCUAAAUCGAUUUUCACGUACAAAUAUGCUGUCUGAAAAAAAAUAUUGUGAUUGGAAAUAACGGUUCUUUUAAUGUCGAAUUAAAGAUACACAUACAGUCGGUCGGUCUCGUAAG